GCACAGAAGCCCCGAAGCGGAGAAAGAGAGAGAAUGCAGAAUCUACAAAGCAAAAGAAAGAGAGAAGCCUUGUUUAUUUGUUGCAUUAAAACAAAACCAACACCGUUGAUACGACUCAUUCUCUCAUCUCAAUCGUCUCCUUAACUCCUUCCUUCUCCAGCGUCCGAUCCUUCUCCCAUUCUCACCGAUCUCACUCUCGCGCCAAAUACAAAUUCUCCGCAUCCCCCCAGGAUUCCUGCAACGAUGGCUGAUGCUCCGGCCAGUCCUGGCGCUGGUGGUAGCCACGAGAGCGGCGAUCAGAGCCCCCGCUCUAAUGUCCGAGAGCAGGACAGGUACCUGCCCAUCGCCAAUAUCAGCCGAAUCAUGAAGAAGGGACUUCCUGCUAAUGGAAAAAUUGCCAAGGAUGCCAAGGAGACCGUGCAGGAAUGCGUUUCCGAGUUCAUCAGCUUUGUCACCAGCGAGGCGAGUGAUAAGUGUCAGAGGGAAAAGAGGAAGACGAUUAACGGCGAUGAUUUACUUUGGGCAAUGGCAACUUUAGGGUUCGAGGAUUACAUCGAUCCCCUGAAGAUUUAUCUGGGCAGAUACAGGGAGAUGGAGGGUGAUACCAAGGGUUCGGCGAAGGGCGGAGAAGUAUCUGCUAAGAAAGAUGUUCAACCAAGUCCUAAUGCUCAGCUCGCUCAUCAAGGUUCUUUCUCACAAGGUGUUAACUAUACAAAUUCUCAGCCUCAGGUUCAGCGUAUGAUGCUUCCGAUGCAAGGUCCAGAAUAGUUAUUCACACUCAGUCAGUCAAUAAGUCGUGGGAUUUGAAUGUUGUUGGAGAUUUGGUAAUUGCCAUAGGCAAUUCGACAUAUUUAGUGCAUUUAUGACAUUAGGUGGUGCUGGCUCUAGUUUCUGGAUUUUUUUAAAAAUUUUUUUUUCCCAUCAUGGUCUGUAUAUUAUCUUUGAAGUAGCAUUAUUAUUUCAUUAGUGUUAAUGUAAAUGCCGGAGCCCAUUGUGCUUCACUUGUUCCAUCUGGUGUUUUGGCAGACCAAGUAUUUUGUAUUUAUUAUUGGAAAUCUGAAUUAUCAUUCACUCGUCA